AUGAUAGAUAGGUUUACUAAAUGGCCCGAAGCAGUACCCCUACCAGACGUAACUGCAUGCACAGUAGCACAAGCUUUCUAUGACCACUGGAUUACACGAUUUGGUUGUCCAGCUGUUAUUUGGAUUACACGAUUUGGUUGUCCAGCUGUUAUUACUGACCAAAGGCGACAGUUUGAAAGCAGCUUAUUUCGAGCUCUUUCCCAGUUAUUGGGAAUCAAGAGAAUCAGGACGUCGUCGUACCAUCCACAGGCGAAUGGACUUAUCGAGGAAUUCCACCGUCCUUUGAAAGCUGCCUUAAAAGUUUAUGAUGCCAGUAACCGGGUGGCGGCUCUUCCAACGCUUCUGAUGGGUUUCCGCUCCGCUCUCAAGGAGGACAUAGGAGCAGCCUUUUCUGAACUUGUGUAUGGAAAGACGAUUUGUCUCCCAGGAGAAUUUUUCAAUUCGACACCUAUGGACGUGUCCCCCAAACAUGGCAUUGGUUCAAUUCUAGCUAAGAAAGGGUAG